AUGCAGCUACCUACCUACCACCCACCUACCUACCCUACCACCCUACCUACUGCUACCUACUGCGCUGCCACCCACCUACCCACCCACCUACCUACCCACCCACCUGCACCUACCUACCUACCUACCUCCACUGCUGCGCAGCUACCCUACCUACCUACCUACCUACCUACUUUACUGGGACCACUGGACAGAGCACUGGACAGAGCACUGGACAGAGCACUGGACAGAGCACUACUACUGAGACCACUGGACAGAGCACUACUGAGAGCACUACUGGGACCACUGGACAGAGCACUACUACUGGAAGCACUGGACAGAGCACUACUGGGAGCACUGGAUAGAGCACUACUACUGGGACCACUGGACAGAGCACUACUGAGAGCACUACUGGGACCACUGGACAGAGCACUACUGAGAGCACUACUGGGACCACUGGACAGAGCACUGCUACUGGGAGCACUGGACAGAGCACUGCUACUGGGAGCACUGGACAGAGCACUGCUGGGACCACUGGACAGAGCACUACUGGGAGCACUACUGGGACCACUAGACAGAGCACUACUACUGGAAGCACUGGACAGCGCACUGCUGGGAGCACUGGAUAGAGCACUACUACUGGGACCACUGGACAGAGCACUACUGAGAGCACUACUGGGACCACUGGACAGAGCACUACUACUGGAAGCACUGGACAGAGCACUACUGAGAGCACUACUGGGACCACUAGACAGAGCACUACUGAGAGUACUACUGGGACCACUGGACAGAGCACUACUACUGGGACCACUGGACAGAGCACUACUGAGAGCACUACUGGGACCACUGGACAGAGCACUAGACAGAGCACUGGACAGAGCACUACUACUGAGAGUACUGGACAGAGCACUACUGGGAGCACUACUGGGACCACUAGACAGAGCACUACUACUGGAAGCACUGGACAGCGCACUACUGGGAGCACUGGAUAGAGCACUACUACUGGGACCACUGGACAGAGCACUACUGAGAGCACUACUGGGACCACUGGACAGAGCACUACUGAGAGCACUACUGGGACCACUGGACAGAGCACUGCUACUGGGAGCACUGGACAGAGCACUGCUACUGGGAGCACUGGACAGAGCACUGCUGGGACCACUGGACAGAGCACUACUGGGAGCACUACUGGGACCACUAGACAGAGCACUACUACUGGAAGCACUGGACAGCGCACUGCUGGGAGCACUGGAUAGAGCACUACUACUGGGACCACUGGACAGAGCACUACUGAGAGCACUACUGGGACCACUGGACAGAGCACUACUGAGAGCACUACUGGGACCACUGGACAGAGCACUGCUACUGGGAGCACUGGACAGAGCACUGCUACUGGGAGCACUGGACAGAGCACUGCUGGGACCACUGGAUGUUCCUGCUUUGCAUUACUGGCUAAACUUUGAAAGAAACUCUUCGCUUGUCGAUACCCUUCAACACGUCGCAGAGCAUGACACGCUCAGGGGCGAGCUCAGCAUCCCUUGGGCCGAUGGAUUGUCUUACCGGGAUAACCAUUGGAAGGAGCGUUUCUUCGUGCGCGGUCUUGCAUUUAUCCGUCAACUUGAGACCGCAUCUACCUACGCUGAUCGCUGCAUGCUUCUCGAUUGGGAGUCACUGCACGAAGACCUCUCUACUUGGAAAGGUUUGAUGGAACAAGUGGCAAGGGUUUCUUUCAGAGACUACAUCUCGGAGGCAAGAGACAACGUACUGAAUUCAUCAAGUGCCGGUGACACCGACGCAGGUCCCAAAAAUGGAUGGCUGUGGGCAUACGAAGAUAGCUUAUUUCUUGACUAUAAGCUGUUUAACGGCCACAAAAUCCUUCGUGAAUGGGGUUUUGUUCUAUGGGACUCCGCCAGAUGGGAACAAUCGGGGUUUUGA